CAUGGAGCAUCAAAUUAAGCAGUGAUUGCUCGUGAUAGCUAAUGAUUCUGGCCUGCCUUCCAUGAUAAGUUGCACCUCUUUUUCGUGAUUACUUACUUUUCAGUUUCUUCCUCACCACCAUUCUCCAUUUGUUUUGCUCCACUUUGAACCUUGAUGAGUUCAGGCCACUUGCUUCCCUGCACAAGAUUGUCUUCCUAUGUUUCUCAGAUCAAAGUUUCAGGAGUUCAUGCUGAAGAACAGGUCUAGUACAGUGACCAGCAAGCAAGGCCUGAUGUGUGAUCCUCCCUCAGCUGCAGCCUCUCCCACUUCUAUACUGGAAACCAUGGCCUUCUCGUCCAUUAGGAACAGCAGCAGAAAGGUCUCCAAGGAGUUUGAAGAAGAGACAAGAGGCAUUGGACUUGGCCUUCUUGAUGUACUCACGAAUGAAGACUCUGUCACGGCUAUUUCCAAGCAAGAGAAGAGAGUGGUGGUGUUUGGGCCUAAGCUUAAGAUUCAAAUACCUUCUCCGGCCACUGAAUCCAUCUUCAUUUCGAGUGUCGGUCGUUCACCUAUAGAAUUUGGCAUCAAAACUAGGAAUUCACUGGUGGCCUUGUACCCCUCCUCCCCUGCUCAGAGAACGUUGAUUCCUCGGUCAGAGAUGGCCCAGUCGGAGGAUUACACUCGCGUCAUCUUGCACGGGCCAAAUCCGAAGACUACUCAUAUUUUUGAAGACUGCAUCAUUGAAAGCGGCAGCAGUCAAUCUACUGAUCAUGUGAACUGGAACUGUUCUUGUGGCGAUGGAUUGAGCAGUCCUGUGAAUGAUCUUUCAAGCUUCUCCAAUGGUUGCAGAAAGAGAACUGACACGGGAGGAGAUUUUCAUGGACAGAACAUGAAAGGAAAUUCUGCUGCUACAUUGCCACUACCAGGAAAUGUUUGAAGCAAAAGGGGGAACUUUGAGUCGCACUAUCAAUUUGGCAACGCAAGAAUUGCUUGAAGCAAGAUCCCAUAAAUGAUACCACCUUUCGUUGCCUCUACUUUUGCUUUUCUUUUCAGAUCUUUCGCUUCCUUUUCCCUUGCUUACAAAGGCGUGAUAUAGUUGUUAAUGUAUGGUGAGGAACUGAUUUGUUCAUGUAAACCCUCACCAGAAUGAGGCAUGAAAGACUUUUGAAGAGAGAAAUCAUAAGAUCGUGGGACAUUUUAGAUUA